AUGUCCGGGGAAGAAGUAAAACAUCAGAUGCUCAUAUCAAGCGACAUGGUCCAGUUGGCACGGUUCAGACGAGGUGCUCACAUCACUUGGACAGAGAUUGCUGCCCCGGACAAUGAAAUAACCAACAAAACCAACCAACAGAUUACAUAUCACGGCCACGACGAUGUUCCUCUCAACAGCGCUGGAUUUGCACAGCUAGGGCCCGUGGAGGUGUACGACGAGGAGGCCCGAUAUCAAUUUGAUUUCAACUUUUUUAACCUUCUAAGUUUCACCAGAGCAAUAAUCCCACAUAUGCACAAACACCAAUCCGGUGUCAUUGUGUUGUUUAGCAGUAUUGCGGGCCAACAAACAGGGAUUGGGUAUGGCCUGUAUAGUGCAGGUAACUUUGCAAUUGACAGUAUUGUGGAAAUACUUUCCCUGGAAUUGAAGCAGUUUAAUAUUCGGGCUCAUGCCACUGAGCCUGGAUUAUUCCGAACGGGUUUCCUGCACCAUCGAGCUGAGGGAGAAUAUUUCUUCAAAUCGAUUCAAGACCAUACGGGUGUAAAAGAGAUCACCAACGCAGAUGGUGUGCAGCCCCAUGGCCCGAGGAAGGCAGCAAAACGGAUUUUUGAAGUUGUAACGGAAAUUGAAGCAGAACAGGGAGUUGAAUGA